AUGUCUGAACCAACAUUUAACUCUCUUGAAGAACAGAUCGACUAUGUCAUCAAGUUCAACGAAACUAUGAGCGCACGCCUCGCAACAGCAAAAAUAGCAUUGGCAUCCCACCCACCUGCCGUUUGCGAGACAUUUAUUGUGGUCAAGCUGGGGGAAAAGUCUCUGAACCUAAGACACCUUGCGAAACUCGUCGAUUUCUUCUAUAUAGAAAGGUUAUUCCUUACGACUCACAAGACAAUGGUGUCGUUUGUAGAGAACCUCCGACAAAUCGUAGGACAUGUUCCAGACCCAAUGCCAGCGGCUAAACGUGUCUCGAAGAAAUCUUCCCAGGCAGGACAUAGUGAAGCAUCAAAGCUCCAGGAAAAGGCGGAAUACUCCAAGCUUUACCUCAAAAUAUUGCGAACAUACCUGGAGAGUGUAGAACUAUUCGAGGCCAGUAACUUCAGUGAAUCUCCCAUAGAAAUAUCGAUACGAGGCAAGCCAGUAGAGCGGAGAACGCUACAAAAGGCUACCAACAUUGCCAUGCUCAACUCGAUGUAUUUUUACUCCCGCCAUAAACUUGAACUAUUCAAAGACGAAGUGCGGCUCGCCUUGGGACAACCUCCCGCUUCAAUGACAAAGAGCAACGACGCUGAAGGUUCUACCAUUGGUGCGUUGAGUCCCGUUGAUUUAGACGCUUUCGUACUAAUGGCGGCCAUGUAG